AACGCAAGCGUAGUAAGUUAUAUGUAUAAGAUAAAUUAUUCCAACAGGUUGUUAUUGUGAUUUUUCUAUAUCAGUGUGGUAAUUAAGGUGUUGUCGAAAAGUUUUACGGGAAUACGAGCGUAUUAAUGAUUUAUUUGUUAUAUAUUUAUUUGAUCGUAUGUGCGUUGUUCGAUAUUUGACUGUAUCUAACGACGGAUAUCUUUCUAGAUUCUAUGAAUGUUGAGUGAUUUUGAAAAAACAAUAUGGGGGUCGUUCUACCUCCUUUGGAGUUCACUGAAUGUUUGAGUGACAGUCCUUAUUUUAGAGAAAAUCUUCAUAAACAUGAAAGGGAGCUUGAAAAAACUAAUCAACAUAUCAAAAGGAUUAUAAAAGAAGUUAAAGACCUUUUGACAUCAGCGAAACAAUUGGGAAGAGCUCAGCGAUCUUUUGCCGAAUGCCUUAAAAGUUUCACAUUUGAAUGUGUUGGUGGGACACAAACAGAUGAUGAACAAGUUAUUUCUGCAUCUUUAAGCAAUUUUGCCGAUUUAAUUAAUCAAAUUGAAGAUGAGAGGGAUCGAAUGUUAGAAAAUGCCAAUUCUUGUGUAGUUAAACCUUUAGAAGAUUUUCGCAAGAAGUAUAUUGGAGGAGCUAAAAAUGAGAAGAAGAAAUUUGAGAAGCAAACUGCGAAAUUCUGUCAAAACCAAGAACGUUACUUGAAUUUGACGACAAAAAAGACGAAUUCCCUUCAAGAGGCAGAUGCAUCAGUGGAUAUGGCCGAACGUCAUUUCUACACUGCGAGUAUGGACUACGUUUAUUUAAUACAGGAAGUUCACGAGAGGAAGAAAUUUGAAUUCGUGGAAACUUUAUUAACUUUCAUUUAUUCCUGGUUCACUUUUUAUCAUCAGGGAUAUGAGCUAAAACGUGAUUGUGAUCCAUAUUGGAAAGAUUUGCAAACUAAAAUUCAAAAAACAAGAAACAAUUUUGAUGACUUCAGUCAAAUAUUGAGAAAACGUAUGUCCGAAGUACAGAAACAAGAUGAACCAAUCAGGAACGCUAAAGGAUGUCGGGAAGGAUAUUUAUUUUUAUUGGAAAAAAAGGCUUUCGGGACUACCUGGACAAAGCAUUAUUGUAGUUAUGACAAGGAAACGAAAAUAUUCACCAUGCUACCCUAUAACCAGCUGACAACUAAAACUUUACCGCCUCCUGAAAAGAUGGUUAUUUCUUCAUGUGUACGAAGAAUGUCUGAUUCUAUAGAAAAACGUUUUUGUUUUGAUUUGUUAUCCGAGGAUAAGCCUAACGUAACAUUUACAUUUCAAGCACUGUCAGAUCAGGAUAGAAAAGCUUGGAUGGAUAUAAUGGACGGAAAAGAACCCACUUACACAAUUCCUAAUAAUGUAAAUAAAAACGUGGAAGAAAAGGCCCUAGAUGAUAAUGGCAUUCAGUUUGUAAAAAGGUGUAUAGAAGUUCUUGAGAGUAGAGGCUUGGAGGAACAAGGAUUGUAUAGGGUUGUAGGUGUUAGUUCCAAAGUGACAAAAUUAUUAAAUAUGGGUCUGGAUAGAAGAAAAGGUGAUAAAUUACUAUUAGACGAUCCCGUCGAAUGGGAAACUAAAACUAUAACAAGUGCUUUAAAAAUGUAUUUGAGAAAUUUACCCGAACCUCUUAUGACUUUCCGAUUUCACAAUGGAUUCAUUGCAGCAGUCAAAAAUGAAUCAAAACAAACUAGGAUAAAAGAUGUUCACACUUUACUGUACCGCUUACCAAAAAUUAAUUUCGAAGUACUGAAAAUUCUUAUGAAGCAUUUAACCAAUGUUGUUGCGAAAUGUGAUAAAAAUCUAAUGACCGUUAGCAAUUUGGGAGUAUGUUUCGGUCCAACUUUACUUAGACCAGAAGAAGAAACAGUGGCUUCAAUAUUGGAUCUCAAAUUUUACAAUAUUGUUGUAGAAAUCCUCAUUGAAAAUUACCAAAGAUUGUUUUUUAACGAGCCAGAUAGUUUGUCCCCAAAAUAUGUGCAGCCUCCAGCAACUAGCAAUAAUAGUCAGAGUAUAUAUGGAUCGCCCAAUAAUCAUUUGCCUACAUACAUGAAUUCUGACGAUGGACUUGGAAGGUCAUACAUAGAGCCUACAAAAAUAUCUUCUAACUUCAGGGAUAGAGAUUAUCCUCAACCUUACACUUGUACUGUUUCUUCUUAUAUUGAGCCUAGAAUUUCAUCAAGUACGUUCAGUGUUAACGAAGCAAGUAACGGUUCCUAUGAUCUUACUAGAAGUGAACACAUUUCGGGAAGAACAUCACAUAAUCAACAAAGAUUCAAACAAAUGUUAUCGACUGUUUCUCAAUCUGAAACACACUUGCCUACGCUACAUAACUAUAGUCCUCCUAAUUUUAGGCCUUUCAGCAAUAGAUUAGAAGCAAAUAGCACCAGUAGUUCAAAUGAAUCUUUAUCUUCAACAUCUAGAGAUGGAAUUGGAAUUUUACCAAAGAAAACUAAAAGAACAUCUUAUUACAUGGGCUAUCCGAAAAACUAUAAAUCCCCUGGAUAUGUGAAGCUGCAUUCUCCUACUUUAGUUACUAACACCUCUUCUAGAAGAUCUAGUCCAACACCUCACAAAACAAGGAGAGUCCGAACUUUAUAUGCCUGUUUAGGUGAACAGGAUGGCGAACUUUCAUUUGAACCAAAUCAAAUCAUUACAAAUGUUAAAUCGUCUCCAGAACCUGGUUGGUUAGAAGGAACCUUGAACGGCAAGACUGGUUUAAUACCAGAAAAUUACGUUGAAGUUCUUCCUUGACAAAGCGGCUCUCUAGCAAAAUUGUCUACCUCUCUUUGUCGAGGAAUUUGUAAAGUAUUGCAACCAGAUGUCGUCCGAACUGUAAGAUUAAAUCAACACAGGCAAAGUUUGGAUAGUACCAUGCCAUUAGUUAAAUGUACCAACGUAGGAAGAAAAGGUUCUACAUAAUAGUAACAAUUUUAUAUUGAUAAAGUAAUAAUACUGUUUUUUAUGGUGGUCCUCAUGUGUCAUUGUAGUUUAUGUUGUAUUACAUCUUUUUUAUUAAUAGAAUUUUAAUAUGAGUAUGUAGAGAUGGGUAUAAGUAUUAAUAUGCGCCGGUGAUUGGGACUGAACGUGAUUGACUCCUAAUGGACGUGCAGGUACAUUUCCAAAGGAGUACUUCCAUGUAAAUACCCAUUAUGUAACUCACUUAAAACGGAAGCAUUUUAAUAGGCACUACAUUUACAAAUAUAUCAUGCCACUGGCGCUAGUUUCAGGAGUAGAUUUCUAAUAUGUUUAUCAUCAUAAAAUAUAUGCAAUAAUGUUACCUAUUCAAAAUGUACACAAAUAGCAUGUAUCCCAACACUAUCGCAAGUCACUAAAAUAAAGUAAACCUUUAUUUUAACACUAAUUUAUUUUCCUGGUGCCAGUUUUUUCUUCCAAAACUUUAACUUUCUAUUACCAUUAAAAUUGUAUAGUACAAUUUUUAAAUCUCAUUACUCAACAAUCCACAAAAAAAACUCUUUAGGAUAUAAUGCUUCGUCAUAUUUUCAAUCAUAGAAACAAACUUCACAGUCGCUUGAAAAAUUAAUAAACAAAAACAAGUGGAAUGAAAUUUAUCUUUUUUGCAAUAUGUUAUUUCCACCACUCUAUUAUUCCAUAUGAUAUGAACUAGUGACUUACGGAAGAACUUGAAGGACCAGUCGUGAGUGUUAUAGUGGUAGUCAAUAUGUUCAAUAUAAAUAUCACCAAAAGUUCCAAAAAUUUCACCUUAGUAUUUUCCCAUCAGCUACUAACUCUAUUUCAUAAAAGCUUCCACAGAUUUCAUUUUUUUUAAUGAUUCCUAGGGUCGAUACAACAAAUCAAUAAAAUUUUAGAGUUUACUAUUUUUCAAGUUAAGUUGCUUUUAAAGUAUUAAGAUUGUGUAUAAUAGAAGAUUGUGUUGAGAUUAAAUCACAGAUUGCCUAUAAAUGCCGUAUUUCAUCAUUUUGGUCAUUUACGAAUAUAAUUUACCUCAUUAUAAAUACUACAGUAAAAUACCAGGUUUUCUAAACUCUUGCGAUAAUAUACUAUAGUAAUUUACCGCCCAUAAACAAAACCAUAAUAUGAUGAGGAUGACAUGAUUUUGUUCUAAGAGAUUUGACAUCGAGACUACUAAUUGUUGAAUUUUAAAAAAAGUAAAGGAAUAUAUAAAACAGAAACUUUAUUUUUUUCUUUUUUUAAAAUAAUAUUAAAGAAUUGAUGAAGAUUCUGUAUAUAAAAUAAAAAUAAAAUGUAACUUCAUAUAAAAGUAACUUACGUAGAUGGUAAAUAACAAAAUAUAUUACUUGUAUAUUAUGUUACUUGAUAAUUAUAUUAUUAAUUCUUAUUUCGUCAUAUACGCAUCCACUUUUAUUAUUAUUUCUUCAAUUAAAUCUUCGUUAUCGUUAUCUAAAUAUUUUUCAAUGUCUACUGUUUCACCGUCUGAAUCUUCUGUAAUUUAAAAAUUAUCACCAAGGGUGUCAGUAGUAUCAGCAUGUAUAGUAUCAAGGUCUGACGGUUGAGGAAGCAAAUUAUAUUCAUUCAAAUAAUUUAAAUUUGAUUUCACAUAUAGAAAUUUGGAUCAUUUUUUGAAUGGAUAUCUGCAUAUUGAGAAAAUGACAGUUCCGUGGCAGCAGUCAUAAGAGGGCUACUUGAAAUUUCUGCAGUAAUUUUAUUAACUUUUAUAAAACCACAGACCUAACCUAACCUAACGUUGGUUUCAUUUUUACUAUUUUUAUUUAUGUUGGUUGAUACAUUUGAACUGAAAAUAUAAAGUUGAUUUUUCCCCGAUUUAUUUUCGGGAUAUAUCAAUAAAAUAGGUGAUUUGUGGUUUUAAUCAUAUCUCACAUGAAAGUUAAUUGACGAAAGGCUGUAUGCAUAGGAAUGUAAUAGACUGAUAUUUUUGAAUUGCCGUUUGUUAAAAGAAAGUGUGUUAGUUUUAGUUCAAUAGUAGUAAGAUUAUCAUAUACAAAUUGGUCCAUAUUUUAAAAUAAUAGUACAAUAAGAAGUAUAAAAUUUGUAUUUGAAUCAUUGGAUUUGAUUGCUAUAUAACUAUAUUUUAAAUCUACUUGUAAUUUUAAAAUGUAAACAGUGCUAUAUAGUUUAUAUAUUUGUGGUUGAAUAGCAUGUAUUUGACGUUGUGUACCAAACCGAAGAUUUUGUCUCAUUAAUAUGUAUAUGCUUAUCAUUCUAAGAUAACUAAUGUAUUUCAUUAAUUUAUUGUUCAAAAAAAGCUGUUCUUUUAUUUUACAUAUAUUUAAAAAAAUUAAAAUAAAAAGAGGGUAUUUGUAAGCGUACUAUAGUUUAAAAUUUCUUAUUGCGAAAAAAUCUGCCUUAUUGUUUCAGUAAAAUAUGUGUAUGCAUUGUAUGGUUGUUCUAUCGAUAAUUAACUAAUUUCAAACCAAUGCAGUGAAUAGAACCCUAAACUUUUCAACUUAGAAAUACAUAAAACGUUAACGAAAGAGAAACGAUUUUUCGGACAUUGAAACCAUUAUACUGCCAGAUACAAAAUUAAUACUCUUAGGGUAGAUGUUGAUUUGUUAUUAAAGUGAAUGCUUACUUAGAAUAUAUUGAAGUCUCCCCAGAUAUACACUAUUAAGGGUGGUUUAUACAACACAUUGUUUAGUAAAAAAUAUCGAAAAAAUCCACUAAUGUCUCUAGUACACAUUAUGAAUAUAUUUCAUUUUGGGGUUAAACCAGUUGUCUAUUUAUGGUGUUUUGUGCCGUCUUCUGCUGUACUUUAGAGUAUUACUAAAACUAUUUCGGCGGAUUGUCGAUAAUAUCACGUUCUUCGAAGGAGAUGUAAUUCAAUAUUUUUCGUGGUAUUAGCCAGGAAAGUAGUUCUUCUUUGAAAAACGGCAAGUCAACAUUUCGAAUAUAUAAAAAAAUUAAUAUAUUGGGGUUGCAGCAAAUUUUGGAAAAUAAAAACUAUUAAACCCACAUAGAUCGACCAAAUUUUAUUUAUCUCCGAAGCAGAAUAUAUCUGUUUGUUUCCCUCGAUUAUGUAUCCAUAUGAUCCAUGUAUCUGUUUCUGUAUCCGUGUUAGACAUGUUUAAGAAAAUUACGCAACAGACAAAUACAAACAAUCUCUCUGCGUUAUGAUAAUAAGGCGCCGUCCCUGUACUAUACAUGAUUUAGCGGCUUUUACAGCAAUGCGGCACUGGUCCCUCCCACGCGGCUUUUCAUUUGUGGUAUAUAAUAGUGACUGAUUCGUUUCGAUGGGAUGUUCACGUAUUGAUAAUGCACUGAUCAUUGUUUUGGUUCACUAUUUUUCUUCGAAAAAUAGACUUUAGAGACAAUUAUUACCAUUUAAUUUCGGUCUCCCGAUAUAACACGGGCGUUUUUAAAAAGUUUAAUCUCGAAAAUCCGAGUUAGCACUGGACUGUGCAUUAAGCAGUUAUAAAACUAAUUUAACAGCAUAUUUUUUUAAAAUCCACCAGAAGAUACUUUUUGAAAAAUAGAAAUCAAAGAAGAAACAUUUUGAGAAAUAUAAAAUUACAUCUAGUGUCAAAUUUGAAUAAAUAAAAUUUUUUCUAAUAUCAACGUUGAUAAUACCUGAGAAACAGAAGUAGAAAAAACGUUCUAGGAGUAGAACACAUUAAUUUGUGUCAUUUUUUAUUUCAAUUAAGUUUGUUUCCUAUCCUUCAGUCUACCAUAACAUUCCAUAAAAUUGCAUUUACAAAAAAUUACUAUUUUUAGAUUAUUCAAAAGACUGGAAUUUAAAUAAAAUGAUAUCAUUAAUAAUAAAAAUUAGUAAAAAUUUAAUGCGGAAAUAAAAUCUCAAGAUAUUUCCUUCCAGGGAACUAGAAUUAAAAACGCACAUAUAGGUAAAUGAGGCUACUUUUAAAAUUUACUAAUUUGUAUAGAUAUAAUAGAAACUAAUGUCCCAACAAUGAACACCAAUUUUUAUAGUGUGGCCCCUAGAAUAUGACCCAUGUACAAAAAAUAAGAACCAACUAAUGUAUAUAGAGUAGGAGGCCAAAAGGCAGUUCACGGAAUCACAAUAUGUGAAUUUUCAAAAUUUUCUUUAUAUUUCAUGUAUAUAAAAAUUUCCACCACUGGAUUUGUGUACGUUGAAACUUGUUUUCCACUAAAGUAUAUAAAAUUUUUAAUUUUUUCUUGUUGUGUCAUUUCCUUCCUGGAUGUAUAUAACCUCUCAGUUCUUUCAGUGUGCUCUCUAGUUACCACUGAUAGAAAGAACCUUCGACAACGGUUUUGUACGUCUAUGUUGAGAAACCGAAUACUGACCGAAUGAUUUGCCAAAAACUUAUGACAGGUGUUACGAAUAGAAGUUAUUCAGUAGUAGCAAAGAUGCUGCGUUUCUAAAUCAUUUGACAUCAUCAGUAUACUACAAUUGUACUUAGGAAAAUUUGUUUUCAUCUGUGCUUAAUUGAAAACAUAUCAAAUUCACUGCCAGUGGUGAAACCAAUUUUUUUUUUCGUAUACAAUGUUAACAAACAUGUUUUUUUACAUACUAUAUAGUCUACGUCGCCUCGUUGGGGGUGUCUCAUUUCGAAGGGAUACACUAUUAUGCAUACUGACUGAUCAGAUUAAGACAGUUACCUUUUGUUUUAUCUUAUUUGUUUAAAUGUGCUCCAGUUAGUUAUUAAAAAGAUAUUUAAUUUUAGUAUUUGUUGAAUCAGCCUUUAUUUUGUAUUUUAUGCUGGAGCUCAUGUUUUUAUGCGACACUAUAAUUUAAAAAUGUUUUUAAUAUGCACAUUUAUAUUUGUGAUAUUUACAUAUAUGUUUACCAUUCGUAUAUUUUAUUGUUUAUAAUAUAUUCCUUUUUCAAAUAUGUAUAUGACUUGUAUUAUUAUAUGUAAUUGUAUAAAUUUUAUUCCGUUGUUAUGGAUUUUAUUUGAGUUUCUAACUGAACCAAUUUUGGUGAAAACGUUUGUAUCAAUUAUGAUUAAAGUAUUAAAAGCU